GAACUGCAGGAGCUGAAAGGGCCUACAGAGGACUAGUCCAGCCCUCCCGAACCCCCAUCAUGCCAUCUGAGGGCCCCUGUUCCGGGCAUGCGAACAUGGAGGGAAAGGUGGGGUCAGAGUUGAGCGGAGGGCCCGCCACUCUCCCCUCUGUCCCCCAGGACUCGCCUGCAAUGGCCCCACUGCUACCCUCUGCGGUGAAGGUGACUCGACUCUCGAGCUCCAUCCAUCUGUACUGCCAGCCGGGCCUCCCGGGGUCCCCAGGGCCUCGCCCGCUGCUCCUGCUCCUGCCCUGGCUGGGAGCUCGCCAGGCCGCCCAAGCCAAGUACCUGCAACUCUACCUGGCCUGUGGCUUUGAUGUGCUGGCCGUUGAGAGCGCCCUGAGACACUUCCUGUGCCCGCGCCUGGGCCUGGGGCGCGCAGCCCGGGUGCUGGCCUUGCUCCGGGGCCCUGGGGUGCUGGCCAGCCGGCCACUGGUGGUGCACGCCCUCUCUCUGGGGGGCUAUACCUUUGCACAGAUGCUGCUGCUCAUGAGCCGGGACCCUGGGCGCUACAGCACCGUGACCCGGCACCUGUGGGGCCACAUCUUCGACAGUCUGGUCGUGGGGAGCCUAGAACGCAUGGCACUGGGUGUGUCUCAGCUGAUGAGACCACAGGCCCUGGGCCCCGUGGUCAGGGCCACCGCCAUGCUCUAUUUCCAUCUGUGCCCGGGCUGCACCGUUCAGCAUUAUGAGGCUGCGCUGGACGCUUUCUGGCGGCCGCCCGUGAAGCCUCCGACGCUUGUCCUCUACAGCUACGAUGACCCCCUCUGUGACACUGCCCGCCUGCAGGAGCUGCUAGCCAGCUGGCAGCAGGCUGGCAUGGCCGUGUGGGCGCAGGCCUGGGAGACCUCCCGCCACGCAGCCCACCUGCGCCAGCACCCUCUCGAAUACCGCCAGGCCCUCGUCACCUUCCUGGGGAGGCUGGGCCUGGUGCCCCCCUCAGCCCGACUCUGAUGAGGCUGUGGGUGCCAGCUCU